ACACACAGACACCUGCUCCUCACCGACACCAACGAGCUGCAGACGAAGAAGAGAUUUGGAGGUUUUGGAGGCAACAAAACAAACCGCUGCAUGGACACAGUUAUCUCCCUGUAUAUACUAUCCCGAGAGAGUUUAAUAAGUGUGUAUGUAACCACAUUAAGACGGUGAAACAGUUCUGUGUGUCUACAUGGACACCAAAGCGCCUUCUCUGCUGAAUGCGGUUCCUCCUUACGGACAUGUUAUAGCCAGCGAGAAAUGGAGGAAUUCGUCCCUCAUUCAAAGUUUAAAGGGUGGAGGAGUGAAAACCCUCUUUGAGAAUGAGCUUGGCGUGGCAGAUUUCCACCUGCCCAACAAAAGCUGCAUCCUGUACGUGUCUGAGUGCGACAUCAUAGCAGGAAACGGCUACAAGAGGAAACUGGUUCGCUACAGAAACAGCAGCAGCAGUUUCCAGGAGCUGGUGUUGGUGGAGAACACCAGACUCAGUGAGCAGUACUUCUCUGCGGUGCAGAAGUUUGUGGUGUUGGACCUCGGAUUGACUCUGCUGCCGGUCAGCGGGCAGACUGAGGCCUCGCAGCUCAUCAGUCAGAUGGUUGACGGGGAGGGCAGAGAGAACCCCUUCAGGAGCAGGAGUUCCUCUCUGCUGUUGGACCCACUGGUCCUGGCUCUGGUGCAGCAUGUCCCUGGGGUCGGCAGGGUCAAAGCUCUGGCCCUGCUGCAGCACUUCUCCAGCAUCCACCAGCUCUGCAACGCCGCCCCCGACCAGCUGGAGCACAUUGUGGGUCAGGCUGCGGCUCAGCAAAUCCACAGCUUCUUCCACAAACCCACUGCUGCUGGAAGCUGAAGGCUCCAGUCUUUAUUGAAGCAGGAAGGUUUGGAUUUAAUGCUCAUACAGAAACACUUUGGCUCACAUGGACACCAACUCUUUAUUUGAUUUCUAAAAGGAAUGUAACAUUGCAGCGUUUCUGCAAGUGUCCAAACUUUAAGAAGCGUUGUCUACUGUUGACCAACCGCCCGACAUCGCUGUCAGACAGCUGACAUGGCUUCAGAUGGAGAGCUUGGACAUUGACAGGUGUUGUCAUUUGGACGCUGACUUUGCUGUCCUGUUUAUCAACUUCUGUUUGUCUCUGUUUGUUUUUUGCACUCUGCACUUUUGCAUCCACACAAUAAAUAAAUAUCCGUCACUUGUA